AUGCGUGCUGCCACUGGCAGCCUUAAAUACCCCUCUGCUGCUACCAACCAAGACCCUAGGGGAUUCUGCCCCUCCCAUUACAUCCAUACAUGCACUCCCCCCUACACCAGUCAGCUCAUGGCUUUUUGGCUGAAUUCCCUGGAGAGGAGACAUAUCAGGGUUGGCCUUGUAGAAUCCAAAUUAGGACACCUGGUGGGAACUCUAGAGGUGACACCUAAGGAGUACAGAGCUGACAAGGAGUCGGUGGCUGUCCCAGAUAAAUUGUAUGUCAAAGUGUCCGCAGUCACCACAACCAUUGACACUAAAGCCACAUGCUCUACCUCUGCAGGUGCAGUCAGUACUCGUCAGUCUCUUAGUGUGAAUUCUCAAUGCACUAAGAGACCUGUCGAAACUGAGCUUGAGACACCAAGCAAAAGAUUCAAGCCUGACCUGAAUCUGCCCCACUGUGGAGCUCUCGGAUGUUCCUCCCAACCCCACCAGGCCUGUCACAGCCAUGAAACAUGGCAUCAAGUUUCAGCUCCUCACACAGCUGACGGAGGCACUGACUGGUUGACAAGGAUCACAUGGUUAUCUUCUUAUGAAGAUCAAGAGAACAAAUGGUCCUCUGACACAAAAUUUCUUUUUUACCUUUUUGUUUUUUAUUUUGCCUGUCUGAGGGCAGAUAGAUACACCAUGAACUUUAAUAUUUUCGUCCAUGUAUCCCCUUCUCCAGCUGGCUUUUUUUUUCAAUUUUCCCUUUCCCCUUUCUCUAUCCUUCCCUACCCUUCCCUCAGAUUUAUAGAUCUCCAGAUGAAUUGAUGAAUAAAAAGAUUGGACAUGAGCG